UUUGAUGAUUGAAAUUUGAAAGUUCAAUUAUUAAUUAGAAUUGUUCUGAAAAAAUUUCCAAGAAUAUGGGGUUUUAAAAUGUGUGGAUGCUAGGUUCUUGGCAUUUUGCUUUCUCUUAAUGUGUACCACAGAAGCCAAGAAAAACUAUGUGAAAAGUGGAGAGAAUCUUGUCACUUCCAAGUGGCCUCAUGGUUUAUUUCUUGACUUUUCGAAUUUUGCGGCCUUCCAUGUCACAUGUUCUUUAGGAUUCCCAUGCCACCUUAGCUCUCUAUAAAUACCAAUGCUAGAAAUCCCUCCUGAAGCACCGAAGUGCAGUAAACCGGCACCUUCAUAUCUUUUGUACUCAAAAUUUUAUUUCAUAUUAUCCUUUAAAACAGUUUUCAAAAAUGUCUAUUGAAGUUUCAGCAGUAACUCUUUCAUCUCCAAUCCAAAAUGCUGAACUGCCUGAAAUCAAUCGUCGGUCGGCAGGUUAUCAUCCCAGCAUCUGGGGUGACCAUUUUCUCUCAUAUGCCUCAAACAUUAAUAGGGAGGAAGAUCAUGAUAAGGAGGAAGAGCAUCAGAAGCUGAAGAAUGAAUUACAGAAGAUGCUAAUGGCUGAUGAGGUUGAUAAACCUUUGGAAAAGCUUAAGUUGAUUGAUGCAAUCCAACGCCUAGGAGUUUCUUAUCAUUUUGAAAAAGAGAUUGAACAAGUCCUGCACUUGGCCUACAAUGAUUGUGAUAUUGGGGUCAAUGAUGGGAACCUUUAUACCAUUUCUCUCGAAUUUCGCCUGCUUCGACAAAAUGGCUAUAAAAUGUCAUGUGAAGCCUUUAACAAAUUCAAAGACAGUGAAGGAAAGUUGAAGGAAUCCCUUAUCAAUGAUGUUCAAGGAAUGUUAAGCUUGUAUGAGGCCACACAUCUAAGGGUGCAUGGGGAAGACAUCCUGGAUGAAGCUCUUGCUUUCACUACUACUCACCUUGAGACCAUGGCUACCAGCUGCUUGAACUCUUCUCUUGCAGCACAAAUAAGUCAUGCUUUAAAGCAACCUAUCCACAAAGGAUUGCCAAGGCUUGAGGCCAGGCAGUACAUGCCUAUCUAUCAAGAAGACCCUUCUCAUAAUGAAGCUGUAUUAACCUUUGCAAAGUUAGAUUUCAAUAUGCUGCAGAGGGUGCACCAGAAAGAACUUAGUGAAAUCGCAAAGUGGUGGAAAGACUUAGAUUUCUUGAGGAAACUACCUUUUAUCAGAGAUCGAGUGAUAGAGUGCUACUUUUGGAUAUUGGGAGUGUACUUUGAGCCCGAAUAUCGGUUGGCUAGAAGCAUAUUAACCAAAGUGAUUGCCAUGACUUCAGUUAUUGAUGACAUCUAUGAUGUGUAUGGCACUCUUGAAGAACUUGUUCUCUUUACUAAAGCAGUUGAGAGGUCUGAUUUCUUCUUUUUUUUUUUUUUUUUGCAAUUCCUCACUCAUGUCUAUCCUUCAAAGUUCAUAGUAAUUGUUUCUUUUCCAUAAGAUGAAUUAAAUUAAAGUUUUGGUCAACAUAUUUUUUAGGUGGGAUAUAUCUGAAAAAGAUCACCUUCCUGAGUACAUGCAAAUUUGUUAUCAGGCAUUGCUAGAUGUUUACAAAGAAAUUGAAGAGAAAAUGACAGAACAAGGAAAAUUAUACCGCCUUGACUAUGCAAAAGAAGCUGUAAGCUAAUUAGCUGAAUUUAGAUUUCAGUGCACAUAAUAACUAUUCCUCUUGUUUCAACUGAUUAUUUUGUUUUUGGUUGCUCAGAUGAAAAAUCAAGUUAGAGCAUACUGUGUUGAAGCUGUAUGGUUCCAUAACCACCAUGUACCGACAAUGGAGGAGUACAUGCCAGUUGCAUUAGUCACCUCUGCCUAUUCAAUGCUUGCAACCACAUCGUUUGUCGGAAUGGGAGAUGUUGCAACAGAAGAAGCUUUCGCAUGGUUGUUUAGUGAUCCCAAGAUAGCUACUGGCGCUUCCAUUGUCUGCAGACUCAUGGAUGACAUUGUGUCCCACAAGGUACAAACUUCACAAUUUUUAAUUUCUCGAAUGAUCAAUUGGCUUAAAAACCAAAAUUCCGGCAUGGUAUAUACUUAUAUUAGCCAUUGAUUUUGAUGAUUUUGCGGAAGCAGUUCGAGCAAAAGAGAGGACAUGUAGCUUCAGGCAUUGAAUGUUACAUGAAACAGCAUGGUGCUACUGAACAAGAAGCUGUCAACGAAUUUCGCCAACAAAUUACUGAUGCAUGGAAAGAUAUAAAUGAAGAAUGUCUCUAUCCAACCACUGUCCCCAUGUCACUCCUGACUCGAAUUGUCAAUCUUGCUCGUGUAAUUGAUGUUGUAUACAAGACUGAAGAUGGUUAUACUCAUGCUGGAGUGAUGCUUAAAGACUUUGUAGCUUCUAUGCUCAUUGAUUCUGUUCCUUUAUGAGCAUUUUGUCGAUCUUUCACACACUAGCUACUGCGUCAGUCACGCAUAAAACCAAGUUAUCAAUAAUAUAUGCUCAUGCUAAAGAAAUCUCUCUCUUGAAAUAUAAAUUUUC